CUUGGCUGGAUCACGUGUUGUAGGUGCAGCCUUCAUGUAGUUUAGGGAAAGCAGCCUGUCAGUCACUUCGCGGUUUGUUUGGAACAGAACACGAGCAAGAAUGGAUUUCAACCUGUCGUCAGCUGUGGAUGAGGAGGCGGUGAAGAGUAAGGAGGCUCAACAGGAUGAGUUCAGUUUCCCCUGGAGCAAGAAGAAGGACGGUGACAAGGGUGGCAAAGACAAGAGUGGUAGCAAGGACAAGAGUGAUAGCAAGGACAAGAGUGAACACAAGGACAAGAGUGACCACAAGGACAAGAGUGACGACAAGGACAAGAGUGACCACAAGGACAAGAGUGGCCACAAGGACAAGAGUGACCACAAGGACAAGAGUGGCCACAAGGACAAGAGUGGCCACAAAGACAAGAGUGACCACAAGUCAAAGGGCGAAGGCCAUAAGAAGCAUAAGAAAGAGCGCAAACAUGGAGAGAAACAUGGCUCCUCAUCCUCUUCAUCAUCCUCCAGCAGCGAUGAGGAGUGAUGCUUCCUGGGGGACAGGGCUGCUCUGCUAGUCUCUUAUCAUCUUGUCUAUUGACAAAAUGAGUAUGUGUCCAUAUGUGUGUGUGCAAGUGUUUGAGGGUACAGUAACAUCAACUGUUCUUCUCGUCCCAGCACUGUCAGAAACAUCACGGUCUUGUGUAAAUGAUUGUGCCAAUUCCUAGAAGUAAAUGUUCUGACGACAAACAAAACGACUCCGGGUGUUUUUCUUCUCUCCUUAAAAUUCUCCUGUCAAGUAAAAGUGUAAUUUCUUGUCUUCAACACUAGAUGUCAGCGUUUUCUAUUUUAAGGUGUCCCAAGUAUAUGAUGAAGGUUUAUUUUUAGGAUUUCUUUUUUUACAAUACAAAAUAAAUAAUAGACACUUAAUAAACAUGAUAAAGGGACAUUUUUAAAGAGGGUGUAAAUGCAGACAUGCAUCAAGCUUGUAGAAAUACAAAUUAAAAAUUAUUUUCUACUCUUCUAGUAAAAGAAUGGAUAAACAAAAGAAUACAUUUUUAUCGUUGACCAUUUGAAAAAUAAUGUUUAAUUUCUGGCAUUUUUUAUUUCUGGCAUUGCUUGUUGCCUCAUAUCUCAUAUCUCUCAAAUCUGUACAACUAUAAACUUGUAAUUGUAACUCAACAAACCAUAAUAAACAAUUAAACUGCA